UUUUGAGAAAGAUGGUGUGUUUCUAAACACAAGCACAAAACGGACACAUGACCAAGAUACACACAUCCCCGGAGUGAUCAGGAUCAUUGAAAAGGGUCCUGAUACAGUCGUGGAUUGGACACCAGUAGGUCAGAGUGAAGAAUCUUCUCAAAUCCUGUACUCCAAAAAGGAUUCCACUGUGAAUGGAGCCAGUCACACUGAAGAAGAUAUGUUUGACCCAGGUUACGAACCUGAUUGGGCCGUUAUUAGCACAGUUGGAACCAGGACGCGGCCACAGGAGGAUGUACGUGCUGUUGCCCAGUACCCGGGAGCACACAGCAAGUGGGCAUUCUCCAUCAGUCUGUCAGAGCUGAAGUCCAUCCGGAAAAACAAGCCAGGCCUGGGCUGGUCAUACCUCAUCUUCAUCAGCAAGGAUGGCAUCUCCUUUCCAGCUCUUCACUUCCAUGCUGGUGGCACCAGAGCUUUACUCAAGUGUCUGUGUAAAUACGUGGUUCUGGCUACGUCCAAGAAGGACUCUCGUCUCUAUCUGGUCUACUCUCAUGAUUCCCAUGCCUUGUCUCAGUCUUUUGAUGAGUUGCAGCUGUUCGAUGAGCAUUCCUCAGAUCUGGUGUCACGUUUCAUACAAGACCCUUAUGCUGCGACCUUUGGCAGCUUUUCCAAAGUGACCAACUUCCUGCGUGAAGCUCUGCGACCCCCAGAUGGUCCCCGCCAUCGUCCAAUACGUGAGAUGGCAACCGGGCUGGACUUAGACCAGCAGGAUGAGCCAGGCUUCGAGGUCAUCACCUGUCAAGCUGAUCUUGGUCAGAGGCCCACAGUGCAGCGGCAGGAGACUCUAACGGCUACAGAGUGGGAGAAACAUCUGGACCCAGAAGGAAGGGUUCGGGAUGUGGAAGAACUGAAGAAAAAGAUUUUUAAAGGAGGAUUGUGCCACAGCAUCCGUCGGGAAGUUUGGAAAUUCCUGCUGGGAUACUACCCCUGGGACAGUACAGCUGAGGAACGCAAAGUUAUGGUAAAGCAAAAAACGGAUGAAUAUUUCCGGAUGAAACUGCAGUGGAAGUCAGUGACAGAGGAUCAGGAGCGUCGGAACUCCCUGCUACGGGCAUAUAAGAGUCUGAUUGAGCGAGAUGUUAGCAGGACUGAUCGCAACAACAAGUUCUAUGAGGGGAAUGACAACCCAGGCCUGGUGCUGUUGAAUGAUGUGCUGAUGACUUACUGCAUGUACAACUUCGAUCUGGGUUACGUGCAGGGAAUGAGCGACCUCCUCUCUCCAAUACUAUAUGUGACCCAGAAUGAAGUCGAUUCCUUCUGGUGUUUCACAGGCUUCAUGGAGAAAGUGCACCGGAAUUUUGAGGAAAGUCAAGAGAGCAUGAAGGAACAGCUGGAAAAGUUGGCCCUACUGCUGAGGGUCCUGGAUUCUGCCCUCUGUGACUUUCUAGAUUCUAGAGAGUCAGGAAACCUGUGCUUCUGCUUCCGCUGGCUGCUCAUCUGGUUUAAGAGGGAAUUUUCCUUUCCGGAUAUACUGCGGCUUUGGGAGGUACAAUGGACAGGACAUCCAUGCCCUAAUUUCCACCUGCUGGUGUGCUGUGCUAUCCUGGACUCUGAGCGAGAUGCACUGAUGAACCCCAGCUAUGGCUUCAAUGAGAUACUCAAGCACAUCAAUGAGCUGACCAUGAGACUGAACAUGGAGGACAUCCUGUGCAGGGCAGAAGCCAUAUACCAGCAGCUGGCUGCCUGUCCGCAGCUGCAGCGGAGCGUGCAGCAGAUCCUGGGUCUGGCAGAAGACACCACCCCCACCCCCAGCUCGAGCUCAGGCUCCGGUAUCGGAAGCUCGCCCCAGGCACUAUCCCCCAGCCAGACACACGAGUCGGAGCUGACUGACAGCGCCUCGCACAGCCUGCCCGACAGCAGCAUCGAGAUUCUACACACUGACGACGGGACCAUCGAGUCUACCCACAGCCCAUAGGUACCGGGGAGGGCCCUCCGCCUCCCCCCAACAGAAAGCCCCAAGCUCACAAUGAAGAUGCACAUUUUCACCAAAGCCUUGAGCAAGAUGUUUACCCUAACAGCAGCUUUGGAGAUGAGACUGACUCCAUCCAGUUAACCCUGUGACAUGGACAAUAUCCGUCCAUCACUGACUUUGCUUUGUUCUGGAGAGUUGUAACCAUAAAUGGGCGUGAUGUUUAUCAUGGUUCCUGUAGGCAGCCAACAUCUCAUUGCAAAUCGGUUACUCCUUUUAGAUUAUUUGAGUGCCCUUGCACAGCAGAAUGCUGCUCCCAUCUUCAGAGGCUAUUUUUCUGAAUGGUUUUAUGUAUUACUCGACAGGUCAGGCAGCAUCUGUAGAGAGUGAAACAAGAGUUAACAUUUUGGGUUGAUGACUUUUCAGAAAGGUUAGAAGUUACGGAGGAGGGGAGAGAAGUGGAAAGAACCAAAGGGUAGUGAUAGGGUGGAGACCAAGAGAGACUGAAUGACACAAUGGUGAUGUUAGCUAAAGGAAAAUGGUAAAAAAUGGGGAAAUAACAAAAACUACAUAAAAGCAGCACCACACCUUUUAUUAGGUGUGUUAUUAUUCACCAACAUUAUUUCCCUCCAUCAGUUCCACCACCACCAAUUGUGUCGUUCAGUCUCUCCUGUUGUUCUCUCCACCUCUGCUCACUUUCUCUGUGGCAUAAAACACGUUUUAUCUCCAACCGUUCCCAGCUCUGAUGAAACUUCAUCAACCCGAAUCAUUAACUCCACUUCGCUCUCCAUAGAUGAACACAUGAAAAUCUACAGCAUUUUUUGGCUUUAGUUUCAGAUUUUCAGCAUUUUGCUUUGGGCUUUCUUUUCCCACCAAAGGAACAUUAGUUACUGUCACCUUCUGCAGCACUGCAGCCACACUCCCGUGGAGUAAGUUUAAUUCCAUGUUCACUACAAGAUAGCAAGCAUUCAUCAUACUGAUAUCGGCCACAGCUCUGCACCUCGCUGGGUCCUGCUUUCUCAGAUACACUCUCUCUUCACAGGUGCUAUCUGUUCUGCAAAAUAUUUCCAACAUUCUUUGUUUUUAUUUGAAGAAAAAUAAUAGCAGCGCUCCCUGUCUCCCUAUGUCCCCUUUCUAAUCACUACAUUUCACAUGGUUUAAAUCACCCUCUGCCUCCUAAGUGCCACUGUUGCCUGUCAGAAACAAACAUUGUGGACUUGGCUCAGUUUUGCUGAGAUUCUUGCCUCUUGAUUUUGCUGAUUUGGGCAUUCUUCUCCUACUCCCAUCACUCAUCACCUCGGUAUAGCGCCAUUGUCCUGGCAGAUUCCUCCUUUACACAAUGGUCUAUUAAUCUACUCUCUAAGCAUCACUUCAGAAUAUUUAAGUGCUGUGAGGUGUGUUAAGGCAUCCUAUAAAUUAGCUCUUUUUCACAAACCUAUUUUUGUUGACUUGAUGGAUUUGAUGUUGACUUCAUUAAUCCAUCUUAGUGAUGGAGAAGGCUGCAAAAUAUACAAAGUGAGAAGUCUCUUCUACCUGUAUGUUUAAUGGUUUGUGAUUAUGCUGUAUUUAAAUAUUGGUUGAAGAUUUUUCUUUACUGGUUUAAAAAAAUAUAUAUAUAUAUCACUGUAGUACAAAUAUGUAUCUGAAUGAGUAGAUUACAAAUUUGAAGUUAUGUUCUAUUGUGCCAAAUAGAAGAGAGAGUAAAGUUUGAUGUAACUCAAAUUAUAUUGAAUAUGAGAGAGAUUGCACAAUGUUCUCUCUCUCUAUUCUCUCUCUCUCUCUCUCUGCUUUUGGAGUACACAUUUAUUUGAGUUUUUUCUGAGUUUCCUGAAAAGACUUUUUUUGGAAAAAAAGCACUUGCAUUCCAUACUAUUCCAUCCACUUGCUGAGGCGUUGUUAGUGUCUGGAACACAGAGCUUCCAAAGUUAGCCACAGGAUGCAAUGGGCUGCUGAAAUAGCAAGUUUCGGACAGACAGUAGACAUCUUAGGCAUAAACCACCCUGUCUGGUUUGGGUAGCAGGAGCUUUCCUCUGUGUGAAAGGGGCACCCUACCUGUUCUGGGAUUGUUUAAUGGCUUUGCUCAGUAUCUAGUCUGCUUUCUUUUUCCCAUGCAGCUGUUCCUGCUCUGGGAAUAUUUGACAGGACAGUGUAGGAAAAGCUCUACAGAGUAUUUAACCCACUGAGUGCCUAAAGUUGUUGUUUUCAUGUCCCCAUCACUGACGCGCCCCAUACUGAUUCAAUAAAAGAACGUGUUUAGAAUAACCUGAGGUAAUUAUCAUUGUUUACACAUCAAAUCAACUACAUCAUGGAAGAUGGUGCAGUGCAAACGCUGCAAAAUGUUCUAUGAAUCACCAAUUGCGUAAGGUAGAUGUCGGAUGACAGGUGUCAAACCAGCAGAAACCAUCCAAAGGUUGACUGGAGGAAAGGCCACUGAGUGUAAUGAUCAGAUUCCUGCCAGCUAGUUAAGGGUCAGGCCAUCUUAAUCCUGAGCUCUACCAAUGCCCUGUAACAUACUGCACAUUGUCCCACUUUAUCCUUUGCCUGUCUCAAUUCCAGCCACAGGUUGUCACUGUCAUUUUAUGCUGACUACUGCUCCUAUGUCACCAGCCUUGAGCUGCUAACUGUGGACCCUUCUGCUGAUCGUUCUGAAACUAUAGACCUGAUUUGUGACAUUUAACAAUAAUAAAACUCAAAUAUAUCUUACACAAUGAUCUGACCUUUUUUUAAUCAAUUGCCUUUUCUUUACACAAAUAAGCAGACCUCCCCUGAUUAUGGCUUGGUGGUAAACCAAAUGUGUUUGUAAGUACCAGACUACUGAAUUGGAUUGUUACCAGACUAAUGGAUUGUCUUGAAUCCGGCCUGACUACUUAAGCUGAGCUGGAUGCCAAGGAUCAAAUUCACUGAGGUCUUGGCUGUCUGCAGCCCUUGACGGGAAGCAAAUGUGGGGCGGAAACUCAUCUCUUGUCAAAGCACAUUGGCUCUUUUUCCCUAGUAUUUUGCAUGUUCCUUUAAAUCAAUGAAAAUAAUUUAAAGAAAAUGACAUUAAAAAUAUCUUCUGAAAAUAAAGUUAAU